GGAGCAGGAAGUGGGCGUGACCCGGAAGGAACCGCUUGAGGGGGCCGGCGGGCGGGGGCAGCAGCAGCAGUAGUAGCCGCGCCGAGCUUGGGGGCGCCGCCGCUGCCGCCGCCAUGUCCGCCAGCGCCGUCUACGUGCUGGACCUGAAGGGAAAGGUCCUCAUUUGUCGAAACUACCGUGGAGAUGUGGACAUGUCCGAAGUGGAGCACUUCAUGCCCGUCCUCAUGGAGAAGGAGGAAGAAGGUGCCCUUUCCCCCAUUCUUGCUCACGGAGGGGUUCGCUUCAUGUGGAUCAAGCACAACAACUUAUAUUUGGUUGCAACUUCCAAGAAGAAUGCCUGUGUCUCUUUAGUGUUCUCCUUUCUCUACAAAGUGGUCCAGGUGUUUUCUGAAUAUUUCAAAGAGCUGGAAGAAGAGAGCAUUCGGGAUAAUUUUGUGAUAAUUUAUGAACUCUUGGAUGAGCUGAUGGAUUUUGGAUAUCCCCAAACCACUGACAGCAAAAUUUUACAAGAGUACAUAACCCAAGAAGGCCACAAGCUGGAAACGGGAGCGCCACGCCCUCCUGCCACUGUCACAAAUGCGGUCUCUUGGCGAUCCGAAGGGAUCAAGUACCGGAAAAACGAGGUCUUCUUGGACGUCAUCGAAUCUGUGAACCUCUUGGUUAGCGCCAAUGGGAAUGUUCUCCGCAGUGAGAUUGUUGGAUCCAUCAAAAUGAGGGUUUUCCUUUCGGGGAUGCCAGAACUUCGCCUCGGGUUAAAUGACAAAGUUCUCUUUGAUAACACAGGGCGUGGCAAAAGCAAAUCCGUGGAGCUGGAGGAUGUGAAGUUCCACCAGUGCGUCCGUCUGUCCCGCUUCGAAAACGACAGGACCAUUUCUUUCAUCCCCCCUGAUGGGGAGUUUGAGCUCAUGUCCUAUCGCCUUAACACUCACGUCAAGCCCCUGAUCUGGAUUGAGUCGGUCAUUGAGAAGCAUUCCCACAGCCGGAUCGAGUACAUGAUCAAGGCCAAGAGCCAGUUCAAGCGCCGAUCCACGGCCAACAAUGUGGAGAUCCACAUUCCUGUUCCGAAUGACGCCGACUCGCCAAAGUUCAAAACCACUGUGGGGAGUGUCAAGUGGGUGCCUGAGAACAGCGCCAUCAUGUGGUCUAUCAAAUCCUUCCCGGGUGGGAAGGAGUACCUGAUGCGGGCCCACUUCGGACUCCCCAGUGUGGAAGCUGAGGACAAGGAGGGGAAGCCACCCAUCAGUGUGAAGUUUGAAAUCCCCUAUUUCACCACCUCUGGGAUCCAGGUCCGCUACUUGAAGAUCAUUGAGAAGAGUGGCUAUCAGGCGUUGCCUUGGGUGCGCUACAUCACCCAGAACGGGGAUUACCAACUCCGGACAUAAUCAGAAGCACCUGCCUGCCACAGACCAGAGAACAGCUCUUGGCUUCCAGUCCAGAGAGGCGUCUGGUGGUCCUGGAAGGGCUUGGAGGUGGCUGCGGGAGCUGGCUGGCUGCAAGCGGGGUCAGGCCCAGCCCUCGACACUGUGCUUGGGCCAGGAGGCUGCAGGACUUGCCAAUGUUUGUUUGUUUUGUUCUGUUCAGUGUUGAGCAUGUUAGCAGCUGCCCUGAGAGGAAGCCAGGAGCUGGUCUCUGGGAAGCCUGUUCCAUCUGACUUCUCAGCUCCCGGAGCUCAGCCGCCUCCUCCUCCUCCUCCUCCUCCUCCUCCUCCUCCCCGCUUCCUCUUGAAGCCAUUUGUAUUAGCCAAAUCUCUCUUGCCCGGGGACCCCCUGCUGCUGCUGCUGCUGCUGACACUUCUGAAUGCUAACCAGUCCCAGUCCCUCCCUGUAGUCUUUCCCCUGGAAACCCUCGAGAAGCCAGCUUUGCUCCGGGCUGUGCUGCUUUGCAAGGAAAUCCUCAUCUAGGUGUCUGAAGAUAGCCCGCUGGCUCUUGCCAAAGGGCGUUCGGCAUGGAGGCCUCAGCUGUUUUGCACAGCACAUGCUGACGUGCAACGGAGAGAGGACAUCCCGUUCGUGGCCGUCCAGGUCGCACAGAUCAUAGCUGAGGCGGCAGGCUUGUGUCUGGACUGUGCUGCUUCUGACGCUUGCGUGAUUGAGCAGUCCUUCGUUAGAAAAGAAAAUCCCUGCUCAGAAUGAGGUGUCGCAGAGAAGGAAUCUAGCCUGACAGGCUGGUUCUCUGGAUGGCAGGAAUUUUGGUCUGGAGGAAUAUUUGAUCAUGUGAGCCCCCGCCUGAAGUCGUACGGUCCAGGUAGGGGGUUGCCAGGUCAUUUGCUCUUUGUGAGAGAACUUGGCCAUAAACACGCCUGUUGCAAUGAGAGCCCAGUGAGUGGUGCACGAUAACAGAUGGUCCAAGCUGCCCGCUUGAAGGAGCCUGGCUCAAGAGCUGAGUGAGGGGGAAAUGGAAGGCAGGCCCGGGCUUCCUCCACAUCUAGGUCCAUUUGUUCCAUCGGAGAGAUCCCUUCUCUGCACCUGUUCUAGCAGAAAGGCCACUAUUUCCCUGUGCUUGUUUAGCUUUCCUCCUGUUAGUUGCUCCCUUCCUCUUUGGAGCUGCGGGUUUCAAUUUCAUGACUUGUUUACAGUGUCUACUAAAUCAGUGUUGGCUGCUGGAAAAGCAGAUGUUAAAUGUGAGUUUCGGAACCUGAUGCCCACCCUGUGUCUGACAGCUUUGGAGGUUGGAAACGGCUGUCUCUGGAAACGUGGCUCCUAUGGUGCUCUGCUUGGCCAAAUGGAAACCCUGAAGGCAAGGCAGAGCAUGAAUGGGGACGUCUUGUGGCCUUCUGCUACGGUGGAAAACGCCGCUCCACUGCUGGGGGUGGAGUGUUGCUUCAGCACUGCUAAUGGUGGCUCCCAAGAGCUGGGCACCGGCCACCCGCUGCCUCCCUCCAUCUGUCAGAAACAUUGUCAAGGAUGCAUCAUGUCUUCAAAAGGUCAUUGUUGGUGUUUCCUAAACGUCUGUUGAGAUAAACUACCUUGCUUGAUUGAGA